UUAAAUAGCUUUCUGGGCUUUUACGUUUCGCCAAAAUUACUUGUUGUAUGAUAAAUCAUUCAAGAUCUUGAUCCACACCUCACGGACUAAAAUGUUUUUCUGGGUCUUACCUGUGGAUUAAUCUUCCUGUAUUCUUUAUAAACGAUACUUGUGGUAUCUGUGACGAUAAAUAUAAAUUUUAUGAUGGUAUAAUAUUCGAAUAUUUAGUUUAGGAGGUGAAGGAAAAUGUCAGAAGUCGGCCACGAUUGUUGUUUCAUCCUCUUGGAGACGAAGUAUGGGAGGAAGAAAGACUUACACAGACCGUCCUCGAAGGACAAAAUUGAAGUUUUGCCUGGAACAUUGUUAAUACUUAUAAAUCGUGCUGUGGAGAAAGGGAUGGUAGAUUUAUUAUUGGAAACGUUUGAUACUGAUAAAAGUAUUCAAGUUAAUUGCUACCCUGGAGAGGUUGAAGAUAUUUCGAGUGCCGUUGUAGACCUUCUUCGACCCAUACCAACAUGUCAUGAAAGACUUGAAGUUUUUAGGGAUACAGAAUGGAUUCAAGAUGGCCAAAGACUUAGAGUUGGUGACUGGGUUUUUGUCAAAUUAAAAGGAGUACAAGAGGAAUUGAAAGGGAUCUUGAGAUACAAAGGAUCUGAAUUUCCAGACUCGAAAGGCAUCCUUUUCGGAGUGCAACUUGAGGAAGCCAAAGGUAAUUGUGAUGGAAUGUACAGGAAGAAAAGAUUCUUCAAAACAGAGCAAGACUGUGCUGUUUUCAUCCCCCUGCACAAAAUCAGGAGACAAAGAGAUGACUGGCACAAAAAUGCUCGUUUACGAGCAACUGAAGACUCUAAUAAGCGUUCUCGAGACGACUCCUCCAAUUAUGGCUUAAAGAUUGGGGAAAGAGUGGUCUGGAUGAGUGACAUUGGUGCAGAAAAAGGUGUUGUGAAAUGGAUUGGCACAUUGCCUGGAGAGUCGGAUGAUAGCAAUGUGACUGUAGGAGUUGAAUUUGACAAUCCCGUUGGAACUGGAACAGGAAAAUACAAUGACCAUCGAUUGUUCUACACUCAGCCAAAACAUGCUUCUCUCAUACCUCUGAUGGGUUUGAUGAAAGAGGAAGAGUUUGAAAAUGGGAGUAGCAAUGCUGAACCAGUCAUACAAGAGUUAAAUUCAUCGCCAGCCUUCAUCAGUCAGCAGCAAAAACUGUUGGAUGAGAUUGGGGGCAGGUCUCGGCCAGAGAGGCCUCCCAAAAACUGCUAUUUAGAAAAUCACAGUGUCAUGAAAAGUUAUGAUAUGCCAAACUAUUCUGGUGAUAAGCUGAAUACUUCUGGAGCACGAUCGGCAGAUGUGGCAAGAUCAUACCCAAUCAGCCACAGUCAAGAGGCUGCAUGUAUGAAUCCAUAUGAACGCUCUCGUUUGCAAGAUGAUUUGGCUGCUACUUCUUCUAGUGGGUCAAAGUCUUCUUCCUCUGGGUUUUCGCGCGAGGCUGAUCCGGACCUGGAUGUGGGCUCAAUGGUUGAAGUUGCUAUGAAAACUCCACAUUAUGGUGUCAUCAGAUGGAUCAGUGAACCAAACCCCAAUGGCAAAAGAACAGCGGGUUUGGAAAUGGAGGAAGAAGUUAAUGGAGCGACAGAUGGUACCUUCAAAUUAGUACGAUAUUUUACCUGUGCCCCGAAGAAAGCCUUGUUCGUCCCCUUGUACAAGUGCAGUAAGGACAAGCGGUUUGCUACAGAGAGGAAGAUAUCAAGCGAUUUUGGAGGAAAGCCGACCCCUGAUGUCCCCGGCGAUGUCGCUCCCCCUGACCUCACGACAGAAGCAGAAUUCCGGCAGAUCUGUGGGAAGCACCAUGGGAUACAAGGACAUCACAAUUCGUGCUAUCUUGACGCCACAUUGUUUUGUAUGUUUUACUUCACCACAGUGUUCGACUUCAUCUUCAACCGCCAGCCCAGGCCAGGGGAUUUGCCGCAGUAUCCAGAGGUGCAGAGAGUAUUAAAGGAUGGCAUUGUCAACCCUUUGCGGAAAUUCAACUACGUCAGGGCAGACAAAGUUUUGAAGCUUAGGUCUUUACUAGACAAGCUAGCCACAGUGGAAGGCAUGAUGAGUGAAGAAAAAGACCCAGAAGAAUUUCUUAGUGCUUUGCUUACAGAUAUCAUGAAAGCAGAUCCAUUAUUACAUUUAAGUUCUGGUGAACACACAUAUUUCUACCAACUCUUCAUGGAGAAGGAUGACAAAUUGUUGCUUCCAACUACACAGAAACUGGUAGAACUGUCUUUCUUACAAGGAAAUGUAAAGUUAAAAAAGGUUCCUUCUUGCCUUAUGAUCCAAAUGCCCAGGUUUGGAAAAGAUUACAAAAUGUUUCACCGCAUCGUGCCAAGCUUACAACUUGAUAUUACCGACAUUCUAGAAAAUUUCCCAAGGGACUGCAUUGUUUGUGGAAGUCUGGCUACAAAUGAGUGCAAAGACUGCUAUCAAGUGCAUGGGCCAGGCUUAAAUACUACAGCAUUCUGCGACAACUGCGUGAGAAGGUCACACCAACAUGCAAGCCGGAGAAACCAUGAACCGCAAAAAAUUCCUGGAGCGGCCAACUUUCUGCCGGUUUACGAGCGGAUGAAAGAAGAAGCCUUAAUGAAAGCGAGCCGAAAUGGGGAGGCCAACAAUGGAGAUGUGGCUAUCUCCUUGCCCAGAGAAGUGAUGGAACUUUUUGCUGUGAUAUGCAUUCAAACCAGCCAUUAUGUGUCUUUUGUGAAAUGUGGCACAGGACCAGGUGCUCGAUGGGUCUUCUUUGACUCCAUGGCUGAUCGUAUGGGGGAACAGUCUGGCUACAACAUCCCUGAGGUGGUGCAUGUCCCCGACAUGUCUAACUGGCUGGACGAGAGGAACCUGUCCCUCCUGCUGCAGAAGGCGGAUGACAAGGACCUGCCUGAGCACCUGCGCCGCAUCCUGUGUGACGGCUACAUGUGCAUGUACCAAAGCCCCAACGUCAUGAUGUAUAACUAAUUACCCGAAGCUGGAAAUUGAUACAGUGGUCCUUUGACUCCACCGUUUUGAACAUGGUAGACCUAGUCUGCCUAUUUGAGGGUCUCUGAGAGGUUGGUGCUCUGUCGUAUAGGGUCAGGAAACUGCUGGCUGUAAUCGUUGAGGUAUGUGAAGACAAAGGAGAUCUACUUUUUUCUCAGAAUCAUACUUCUGAUGUAUACAUCCUCUUAUUUUUGAAGUGAAAGGAAUGCGCUGAAAUGCCUAACAUCGCGGGUAUAAAUAAUGAACCAGACAGUUUAUUUAAGCCUUGUGUGAAAGAAGCUUUUCCAGAUUUGGCUGCUUUGAGGCUGCCAUCGUUGAUAUAUAAAGGGGGGAGGGGGACAACUGGUAAACGGUAACAACAUAGAGAUGAGUGCUGCAAUGAGGUUCUAAACUUUCAAAUUUGUCAGCGUUUCGUUUUGGCUGUACGUUGUUGCGAUUGAGUAUACAUUUUCCUUUCUCUCAGAUUGGAUUGUUGUUGCAGUAAGGGCAGCCUGGAGGUUAAGAACAUGUUUCAUGCCUACAUCUAUCCAAGUUUAUAUCUACGUUUUGAGUUGAAGCUCAUUGGCAGGUGAUUUAACAUGAUUAAGUGUUUUAAAGCGCCGGAGUGAAGUGUUUUAAAGCGCAGGAGUGAGAUGUCAAUGGCAUCCUGCAAACUAUCAAUGUAUAUUACACCAUGAACAAGUCAAAUUUGUGUUUUUGUCCGAACAGGUACACACAUAUAACACAAAUCUAGCUAGUGUAAUUUAGUUAUGCUUUGUUUAAGUAUAAUGUGUGCUUCGACUUAUACAGAAAUUUGGAAAAUUGUACGAAAACGUACAGGAUGUAAUAGUAACUACAAUGUUGUGUGCAUCACCAAGCACUUUGCCUCAUGUUCAUUAUUAUAGCUAGAUAUGCAAGUCGACAGUAUUAUUAGGUGUUUCAGGUGUCAAUUAUGAAUUUUUUAUCAGAUGGUUAUUUUUUGGAAUUUGAAAUAUUUAUAGAUCUAGUUUUGAUGUCCCACUGCACGAAAAAGUUGAUUAUGUUCCUAAAAGUAAACCACUAUUAAUUUGACCUUUGAGUAGGCUUACAUUUUUGGUUGUAUGAAGACAUGAUCAAAUAUCAUGAACUCUUCCCAAGGGGUCGUAUUUAUUCUUUUUCGCUAGCCUAAACAUUUUGAAAAGAGCAACAAGAUGUUAUGUUUCAGUUGCCAGUGAAUAUAUAUCACAUGGGAUGUUGGUCAGUUAAGUAGACGUCACUUGGAAAUGCUUGUAUUAUUGUCUGACAAUGUGACUCACCGGGCCCUGUCUCCCCAAUGCAUUGUUACCCUCCAAAGAUGAUCAAAUAGUGUGAAUGAUGUGGGACGACUGAUUAUAUAGUAUAUAUAGUACAGGUAAAACAUGCACUCUUUAUAAACAACACAAAGGAUAUGACUAGGGUAAAUUAAAAACCCAGACAGAGAAUGGGGUAUGUGCACAAUGCGACUAGCCAAUAAUGAAAGUUGUGUUAUGUCUGUCAAUGAGAGAAUUCCUUUCAGUAUAAAGACUAUGGACUGUGAGACUGAAAAUUUAAAAAAGAUGUUUUGCACCCUUAUUUUGUGGGUAGGUUGUUUGUUUUUUCCGCGAAUGAUUUCAUUGUUGACAGCUCAUAUCCACCUGUUUCAGACCGCACAUGAUGUUAUAUUUAAUUUUUUGAUAAAGACUUUUUUUAGACGAAGACUGAUGAAGUUGCAUAGUGUGCAUAACCUCCUUGACAGACAUGACAGAAUGUGUAAGAAAGACAAAGAACUUCGAGUGAGUGAUGCACCAUGCUUAUGUGCAGAAACAAAGUACAUUAUAUUCUGGGCUGCCCACCCGCCAACAUGUGUUUUUUCAAGAAAUCAACAGAUAGAAAGUUCGUGAACAGGCUUAAAAAUGAGUAAUAUGGCCAUGGAAAACCUUCUUCGAUAGGAUGUCAAGUACAGGGAUUGUAGUCCAGUGUAGUUUUAAAAUGUAAUGUAAACAAAGGCAUGAUGAUACAAAAGGUCAGGAAUUUUCUAACACCUUCUCAAUCUAAUGUUUGCACUACUUCUGGCUUUGGCACUUCUAGUCUAGUGUUUUUCUAAGGGCAACGUGGCACUGAGUCUGAGCGGCUACAAGGGCAGCUGCGCGUGACGUAGACUGUACGUGUCUCAUAGUUUUUCUAUUUGUCUUCCCUCAUACUCCAGGAAGUAGGAAGGUGGGUAGUGGGUUAGGGGUAGCCAACCCCCCCCCCCCCCCCUCCCCCCUAAAAAAAUGGAAUCAAGGGUAUUACGGUGAUCGAUGAAUAAAAGUUGUAACGAUUCCUCCAAAUUUGGAAUGGUGGGCGGCCCUGUAUAUUGCAUUUACAGCUAGGUUUUGCUUUCAUCUCGUUAUAUUAUAUCUAUAUGACCUGUACAUUUGCGUGAUAUGGUUGAAUAAGAAUAAAUAGUUGUUUGUGAGUAGUAUAUAAUUAAGAUGUUUGUGUAUAUUUAUUUGGAUGAAGCAAUGAUAAUAACUGAUCAGCAGAAUGCAUUUGUGGGUGUGAGGUUUUUACCUGACUUGAUAGCAGGGAAGCUUGCAAGUGCUUUUCUUUGAAACCCUCAACAGAAUCUAUUGAAGUUUGUAGCACUGCAGACUGUGUAAUUGAAAAGCAUUCACCUCCACUAAGUAAUUUUUUUUCCCUUCUUUUAUAUACGGUAAUUCUGUUGUUAGUCUGGUUAUUGUUUCUUAACCACCCAAAGUUCAAGCGUCAGUGCGGCCUGUGGUGUGGGGGGGCAUCUGUGUGUUUUUACUAUGGGUCUUCUUCUUUCUUCUUCUCAUCGUACCUCUGCUAGAGCUUAAGGUGUUACUGACUGAUCACAGUGCAGUUGGUUAUGAACAAGUACAUGAUGGCUGUUAUAUUAUUUUCAUGUACAUAGAAUGUAGAAUCUCCCUUGCCUGACAGGCAGCCAUGUGUCGUUUUAAAAGGUACUCUUAAAUAAUGUCUUAUACUGACUGAGUUUUGGGUAGGAAUUAAUUUUGAAUUUUGCCCGUAUGGUAGCCUAAUUGGCCUACUCGUUUGGUUUUUAGACCCGCUAAGGGAUCGUGUGGGAAAUUUUCACAUGAGACUUUCCAAAUUUGUUGUCUUUAUUCGUGAAAACAAGGUGCUCGAUCCUACCUUCCCUGGCCUAGGGUCUAGAGGUGUAGAAAACGUGAGAAGAAAAAUCCCAAUGCAGGCAGGGUCGAACUCAGGACCUCCCAUUUGACAGGUGAACACCACACCUGUUGUCAGUGUUGAGCUACUGAGCUCCAGCACUAUGAGUGUUUACAUCCUUAAACUUAAAACCAUUUAUAAAUUUGUGAAUUCCAAAUAUCAUAAUCAAGUAAUCAAGAAUAAAGUUGUUUGGGGUGACUGAUAGGAAAUGGGGGGAGUGGGGGAAAUUCUUUUAGUAUUUUUAGUAGGCCCUACAUAGAAUACUUUUUUUUUUUAGUUACGGAUGAAUCAUGUAUCGAAAUGGUACAGUGAUUUUGGAUAAAAAUAAAAAUAAAUGUAGAAAAUCUAGCUCAUUAAAAUAUAUAAUUCUUGUCAAAUGUUAUUGAUUGCAGACUCUUCAAAUCUACUUGUUCCAUUUUUUUUUCUCAUAAUUUAUUUAUUUUACGUAUACAUUGAUUGAUUUGAACAAGGAAGAACAUGAGUUGUUGGGCUCAUGGCCCCAUAGAGAGCAUGAAACAGGGGGACGCAAAUAGGUUGUGUCCCCUACCUGCAAGAUGUGAACACAGCGAAAAAUGUGCCUAGAUUUUGAGUGCUGAUUGUGUCCGUGUCAAUAGUGUCAUGAUUGAAAUGUUUUUGAUUCACGCUUUUAUCAUUGCAACUUCUUUCGUUUCGUAUACUGAGCCCCUGUGAUACAUAGAAAAUUCAUAAAACGCAACUGGCCUUGAAAUAGCUUUGUAUUUAACUGCUGUGGUUUUUCUCUUUUCUUACUGUACAAAAAUGAUGCUGUACAGAUUCACAUGCAUUCAUGAUUCAUGUUGAGUAUGACAAUUCAAAUAAAAGUUAAUGAAACUCAUAG